AUGACCGGCUCCUGGCACAUCAUCCUGCCGAAAGGCAUCCUGCAUGACUUGAUGCCGUUCUUCUUGAUGCUGGCCAUGAAACUCCCAAGGCACAAGGCUAUGGCAUACUGCCUAACUUCUAGGCUAAUCCUUGGUGACUUCCCUGGUGGAUCCCUCCUAGAGGUGAAUUAUUGGGAGCAUCGCACCCUCUCCUCACAUAUUGGGUACAAUGCUCUGAAGAUGGAACACAAGUCUCAAAAACUACCCCCUGGAGCAGACUCGGAGACAAGGGACAUGCUGCAAAGGCAACCACAGCACAAGGUGGCAGAACAUCCUGAGGCCUGUGCCCUGACACCACUUCCCGCUCCACCACAG